AUGUGGCAUCCAGAGCACUACACUUGCUGUGAAUGUGGAUCGGAACUUGGCCAUAGGAAUUUCUUCGAGAGGAAUGGCCGUGCGUAUUGUGAAGAGGACUACCAUAACCAGUUUAGCCCAAGGUGUGCAGGAUGUAAUGGUCCGAUCAAGGAUCGUUGCGUGACGGCACUGGGAAAGAACUUCCACCUACAAUGUUUCACGUGUACCGAAUGUGGACGGGAGUUCGGUGACGAUGGAUUUCAUGAGAAGGAUGGCCAAACAUACUGUCGUCGUGACUUUUUCCGACUGUUUGCGCCAAAAUGUAACGGUUGCCAGAAUCCGAUCACUAGCAACUUUAUCACAGCGCUUGGCACUUGCCUUGUGCAUCCGAUGUUUUGUUUGUUCCAGGGCGAUGAUCACUUUGCUCGCCUGUGUCCAAUGAGUGUUACGUACUUCGAAGAGGAGGAGAGUUAUUGA